AUGCUACGCCUAUUCUUGCUCCUGGUUCUUCUGGUUGUUGGAGUGAAAGGAGCCUGCUAUAGGGUACCUCAGGGAGCCACCGGCGAACGAUCGGCUGUGGAUGAUAACUUCCAGAUCCUGAUCGAUGGCAAUCCAGCGACCUAUGUGCCAGACCAUCAGUACAAUGUUUCACUAUCCUGCCCUAUAAAUCUGAAGUUCGUUAGCUUCACUUUGGUUGUCGAGGCCGAAGAUCCUUCGGCCGCCGGUCAGGAUAUGACCGGACACUUUGAGCUGCUCGGCACCACGGACACUCGAUUCAGCUCCGACUGUGAAAACAUGGUGGAGAGCACGAAUACAAACGCCAAGAGCCACAUCGAGGUGUCCUGGAUAGCGCCACGUCAUCCUGAUAGUGGUUGUGUGCUGAUCAAGGCGGGAGUGGUGCAACAUCGUGAUGUUUGGUUUCUGGACGAUGGUUUCCUGACCAAGCGAAUUUGUCCCGAGGAGAUUGACGAGCUGAAUAUCAUGACGCCGCCUUUAGAGAAUUGCUGCGCCUGUGAUGAAGCCAAAUAUGAGAUCGUCCUGGAGCGCAAGUGGGCCAGAAACACACAUUCCAAGGACUUUCCCGCUGAGCCCUGGCGCACACGCUUGGGUGAGAUAAUUGGUGCCUCCCAUACCCAUAGCUAUCGCUACUGGGCUUAUGGAGAAAGAGCUAGCCAGGGUUUGAAGGAGAUGGCGGAGCAUGGAGCCACCCGCACUUUGGAGAACGAGAUCAGAGAGAACACUCAAAAUGGCGAAGUCAGGACCAUCAUCAGGGCUCCAGGCAUUCCGCACCGCUUGAAUGCCUUCGGUACCACUCUGGCAAAUGCUCGCUUGGAUCCUGUACAUCAUCAGAUCUCGUUGGCAUCCAAGAUAGAUCCCUCCCCCGAUUGGAUACUGGGUGUGGCAGGACUGGAACUUUGUCUGAGCAACUGCACCUGGCUGGAAAGGAAAGUGUUGAACCUGUAUCCAUGGGACAUUGGCACCGAUUCGGGUCCCUCUUAUAUGUCCGCAGAUCAGCCUCAGGUGCCGCCGGAUGUGGUGCGCCGUAUAACGUCAUCGUAUCCUAGUGACUAUCGCUCGCCAUUUUAUGAUGACACAGGUGCUUCGAUGAAACCCUUGGCCACACUUUAUCUGACCCGAAAGAAGCUUUACAUCAGGGAGUGCGAAGAGGUUUCCCAGGAGGGACCUCUUGAGUGUGCUGUACACCCCUGGAACGAAUGGACCAACUGCAGCAUGCGAUGUGGUGGGGGUUACUCCCAACGACAGCGUAGCUAUAAGAAUCCCAGCCUGGCAGCCAAUUUCAAUUGCAAUAUCCGCUUGGAGGAGGUGCGUCAAUGCCAGGGAACCCAGUGUGGAGCAGCAGAGGAGGAAUUAGACGGUGACAAGCCUGGCGUGGGAAUGGAGAAUCAGCCAGGCGGUGGCUCAAUAGCAGAGUGCCAGCUGAGCAACUGGGGCGAAUGGUCGCCCUGUUCCAAGACAUGCGGUCGAGGAACCUCUACCCGCACCCGUGACUACUACAAUUCCCAGUCCAGACAGCGUUGUUUAUCCGUCAUGCGACUGCCCCUGGAGGAAACUCGGCAGUGCAUGGGAUCCGAUUGCGGUGGCAUCAUUCCCGACAACGGCGAUCUAGAUGCUCUACCGGAACCAGGCGCCUUCGACGAAAGAGAUCAAGCUGGCUAUGGUGCUAGGAACCCAUCCUGGAACAACAGACAAGAGAACAGCAAUUUGGGAACGGGCAACCAGGCGUGGAAUAGACGGGGUUACAAUACGGGGAACGAUAGGUCCCCCUACAAUCCCAGGGACAACACUCAGGAGUCACCAAACUCACCCUUCAAUCAGGUAGAAAAUCAACAGCGCCCUGUCUAUAACCCAUCAGAUACCUUAGGUGGUUACGAUAAGGUAUUUCCUUCUUCGAACAGCUACAGCAACGAUAAGCUUGUGGGCAACAGACCCGGUUACAAUGAUUUCAAUCAGGGCUAUACGAAUACCUACAAUGAUUACACUACCCCUAGCUACAGACCGGUAUUCACCACUCGCUCCCCCUACGGCGGUCGAUAUCCCAAUAGGCAGCAGGAUAUGGAGAAUGUUCCACCCUCCAGCGACAAUAAUGGCAACUAUAAUGUGGUUCAAGACUACUGCUUCGAGAAACCUUACGCAUCCACUCGACCAUGUCUGGCCACUCCGGUGGUGGUGAGCAACUUCUGGUUCUACGACCACGAGGACCACGAGUGCAAGAUCUUCACCACGGAUAACUGCGAUGAGAAUAGGAACCGCUUCCGCACCCUGAUGGCCUGCGAGGGCACCUGUCUGCAGCCACAAAUGAACAUGGAGCAGUCCGAAAACGAUGCUCUGAAUGUGUAUGGAGGUGGAUCUUAUGAUCCAGCCGUUGGUAGAUCUGGAGGAAGAUCCUAUGACCGAGUGGGUGGCAGAACGGGAGGAGGACGCUAUGAUCAACCGGGAGGUGGAACCUACGAUCAAACACGAGGUAGAUCCUUUGAUCAACCGUUAGAUUGGUCCUAUGAUCUAGCCAAAGGUAGAUACUCCAACCGAUACAACAGCACCCCCUAUACUCAAACGGACUCGGCUGAUGGAGGAGCUUACGAUUCUCAAUUCGUCGACGCAGCAGGAGAUAUUGGAGAACCCAUGUCGCAGACGAAGAGCAGAUUUGAAACAUCAAGACGUGGUCGUUACGGUGGCUAA